AUGAAUCGCGGACAAACACAUUUCUAUCCAUCGCAGAACACUCAGGCGACGCAUUCACAACAAAGCUUUAAGCCAUAUAAUAGCUACAACUCGUCCACGACCCUCUACGAGCCCAACUAUGGCGCAUCCAACAAACAAUCGACUGUAGGUUAUGCCAACGAGUACCAUGGGUCACAAUCGCAAGAUAACUUUCAGAAUCAGUACACUGCCGAACCCAAGGCCGGUGCUGGCAACGGUGAAUACAAAGGUGCCUAUGCUUCCGGAGGAUAUGCUCAAGGUCCUCCGCGCUCACCUUCGCCGACACCGUCUGAACUCGAGGCUACUAAGCGAGGCGUAAUCGACUGGAAGAAGCUAUUCAACUGGAGAACAUAUGCGCACAAGAAAUACAUCCCCUGGGCUCUCGGUUUGAUCGUCAUCCUCGUCGUCGUUGCUCUCAUGACACUGUAUCACAAACAAAUCGUACACUGGCUAACACCUGCCGCAAACUGGAUGCACAAUUUCAAGUACGGGUGGAUAAUCCCAAUUGUUGUUCUCUUUGUUAUAUCCUUCCCUCCACUCUUUGGGCACGAGAUUGUUGCCGUUCUCUGUGGCGUGGUUUGGGGCAUUGGUGUGGGCUUUGCCAUUGUCGCCGUUGGUACGCUCCUUGGUGAAAUCGGUAACUUUUAUGCUUUCAAAUAUUGCUGUGCGAGUCGAGGCGAAAAGCUUGAGAGGCAAAAGCUCAGCUAUGCCUGUCUCGCACGAGUCGUCAGAGAAGGAGGGUUCAAGAUUGCUUUGAUUGCGCGGCUCAGUGCCAUCCCGGGGCAUUUUACGACGGCUGUCUUCUCCACUUGCGGAAUGGGCAUCGUUGUCUUCACAAUUGCCGCCAUCUUGAGUUUGCCUAAGCAAUUCAUUACUGUAUAUUUGGGAGUGCUCCUGGAGCAAUCAAAUGAUACCCCUGAGCAACAAGCAAAGAACAAGACAAGCAGAAUUAUAUCUGAUGUUGCCCUUGCUGUGACAUUUCUCGUCACUGUCGCGGCAAUGUGGUACAUCUGGAGGGAGAUGAAUCGGGUUCAACCCGCCGUGUUCAAGGAACGUAGACAGGCGAAAAAAAAAGCGCUUGCUCCAUCGAUGGAAACACAGUACCUUGCUCGGAGCUCUAAUGUAGACGUCAACUCUGUUGACGAAGAAAUGCAACCGGUGAGAAAUAACGAACAGCGUAUGGGAUCUUUUGGUUACGGGGGUUAUGGUCAGAACGCCAUUUCGACAGACGCGGUUCACAAUGCCGGUAAAUUCAGCAGCUACGAAUAUCCACCUGCUCCAUACCAAGAUCCAUAUAACCAAAGCGGUGGCCGGCAACCAGUCUCUUACGACGUGACUGGAGCAUACCGACCAAUACGACUGCCAUCUCAACCGCCUCAACUGGACGAGCCAUCUAAUCUCACUGGUCCUCGUCGCAAUGGCCGUGGGUGGGAGACAAGUGGGGACAGCACGGUUGGGAUGGGUAGCUGGGGAGGUCUCAAGCAGCCGAGUGAAUCAGAUCCAACCGGCCGUCAAUAUGAACCUGACGCAAAUGCGACAACUCAGGCUUCCAACUUUUCACAGCCGGAACAGUUUGCUCCUCAGCGUCGUGGCGGAGCAGACGAGUAUGGGAUGCUACACGCACAGACUGGUCUUAGCGCAUUAGGCGCGCCGAUGGGCGGGGGAGACACCAUUUCAGUUGUUGCCCGGAAUGCCCCUGGGGCUCGACAAAGUGUACAGCAGACGGGCCAUAUCGGGGGACGUUCGAUGCGUGCAGUCGUGGAAGACCACGACUCAGAUUUGGGCUAUAUGCAAGCAUCACCGCCAUCAUCAUCACACCCUCAUCUCGGUUAUUACGAUCCAACCUCACACUUUUCGGAACCUUCUUCAUCUGCGUAUACCAGCCAAGUGGGCCACUCGCAAGCGCCGUCUGCGGGUCAAAUAUACCACCCACCAGGCCGAAGCCGUGAAGCAUCUUCUGGGACCUUUGGAGUCCCACGGUCUCUGCAUUCCCGCGAGCAUGCGUCGUCGGGCGCAUCAGAAGCCCGCGACGAGCCGUUUAUCCCUCCUGAUCGUCGCUGA